UAUAGAAAAUAAUAAUUACAUUGAUUUUAAUGGGUUCAUUAUAUUAGGAACUAGAUCUAGAAUCUAGAUCUACUAAAGCAUCGUCCGACGCGAGAUUUCAAAUCAUGUAACGAUAGUAAACAUUAUGGCGACAGGAAGCUACUUGUUAUACGAACAUUAAAGCAAAUUUCUGUUUGACCAAAUGAAUAAUGUGAAACUUUUAGGACCCAAGUGUCCGCAUUUUCAUUUCCAUUUGAAACAAUUGGAUCUCUACUAGACUAAUUUUCCGUCUGGUUUUUAAUAUAAGCCUAAUAUUUGUAAAAAUCUUAGAAUCUGGCACUCAGCACUGUGAGUGUGAUAAUCAAAUCCGUGAUUCGCGUGAAGCAGCAACCGCUAGCAGAGGCUCAGCAAACUUAGCACUUGCGGCAUUGAUCAUAUAAUGACUGUUUCACUGUAGGCUUAAUUGAUGUUGUAGCCUCAGUGAAAGAAUCAGCACGGACUGAAAAUGAUGCUUGUGGGAAGAUACAGACCUAUAUUAUUGCUGCAGUAUCUUCUUCUUCUGAUAGACAUUUUUAUGAAUUCAUUCACAGAGUUAUUACGAUUUCAGAAUGUUAUACUCUUAGUGUUAUAUGUAAUUCAAGACUUCUGUCUGAUUUUUGCAGUAAUUGUCAUAUUUUUGCUGUUCUUUUCUACCUUCAUUUUCCAAGCUGGACUUGUGAACAUUCUAGUGUCAAAAUUCAAAGUACCAAUCACAGUUACCUUUAUUUACUUUGCACUUUGUGUUGCUCUUCAUGUAUGGACGAUGAAUUUGCGUUGGUCCAAUGUAAACUACUACAUUUGGGGUAACAGUGGCUAUCAUGUUCUUUUUGCUUUCCAAAGGAUAGCUGCUGUGUUUUAUUAUUAUUUCUACAAAAGAACAGCAUUGAAACUAGGCGAGCCACAUUUUUAUGAAGACUCUGAGUGGAUCCACAAAGAAUUUGAAAGAAGAAGAUAAUUCUGUGUUUGUUAAUGCCAGCUUAAUAGUAAGAUUUUAAAAUGUAAAAAAUAUAAGUGUGUUGGUGAGGUGUAGAUAUUGAAUUAUCAAAGUCAGAAUUACAUUUUUAUUACAUAAUGAGAUAUAAAACUGGUAGUGAUUUUACUCAUCUUUAUUGCUUAGCCUUUACAUUUAAGUUAUGAGACAGUGUUUUGUUGUACUAUAGUAAGAACAAAAAACAAAAUAAAAAUCUGUGAUAUUGUAGAUAGCACUCUUUUGUAACUAUGUAACAUAUCAUUUUCUUUAAAUGCUAUUUUUAUUUUUAAAACUAUUUUAAUCUUGUAGUAAGUAUAAUGUGUAGUUUCUAAUGUUAAUAGUUGUAGACUUUAUUUACUUUUAAAUACAAAUGAAGUGUAGUGGUAAUUUUAUUGUGAUUUUUAACAAUCAAAUUUAAUUAUUAAAGGAUUGAAAUAGCCGUAACAAAAUCCCAUAAAGUAAAAACAAGGAAUGUGAUCUUCAGAACAUAAGUUUUAAAAUGUUGUGAUCUUCAGAACAUAAGUUUUAAAAUGUUGGUUUGGAUUAAAUGGUGCACUUCAUUGUUUUAAAAUAAAGGUCAAACUGAAUUAAGUACAGUGUGGUAUACACAGACUGACUCAAAUAAGGAUGAACAAUGUGCCUUAUUUUUUAUCUAUUGAUGUUUAAAAGUUUGUCCAUACACUGUAAUCUGGCUGCACAACUUUUAAAAAUAUCUUGAAAUUAUAUUUAUAAAAUUAAAAUACCUACUUUUAAAAAAUUCAGCUAUCAAACAGUGUACAUAUUGCUGUAGUAAUUAUAUCAUGCCAAUGAAUACAAUCAUGAAUGUACUAAUAAAUAAUAUGUAAACUUAG